CGCUACUACAAAAGCGUGGGAACAGCCAGCAUUGGCGAUCGCUUGGCAAGAGAUUAAAUACAGCCAGCCCCGUGACCGUCCAGCAUUAACAUUGUCUGCAUCGACAUCAACUCUCCGGCUCUCCUUUGGCAGCGCUGAAUACUUCCAACGACAGCCUUUUUUCACUCCCCCGGACACGGUCCUCUGGGGCCGCAUUAUCACCCAUCCCAUUCCCAUCUGUUUCGUAUGCCAGGGACAUGGGUGUUGCUCCGGCCAAUCCCGUCGCAGUCUCCGCACAAUCCCCCAGCCCGAGACGCAACUCCUUCUUCCACCUGUUGACGAUAGGCAAUGGCGCAGGAUGAGCGCGACCAAAUCCGCCAAAUCCCAGAUAUAGAACACGACGUCUGCGAGAAGUCGCUAGGAAAUUCGCAACCAACAAAGUUGACGCCGACACAGUCUCCCCUCUCUGAGCUGAACACCAACGUACAGUCUAUUCAGCCUCCUCGUCCUAGUAGCCAUAGCAAUGCUUCACCUGUAGCAGAAGCUUCUUCUAAUGCAACGGCUGGCGUGCAUUUAGGCUUGGGCAUACGGACGCUUCCAGCCUGGAUCCGGUCCGUUGAAUAUCCAGUUGAUGAUACUUCUGCGGGUGUAACGGACCGCCUUCUGCCUUCUCAACCUGGGGAUGCCGUCGUUGCACAACAUAACCAUACCCCCUAUACGACGAAGCCCGGUAUCAGACUGAGCAAUGAGGGCGAGGGAUCUAGCAGCUACCCUCCCCGUGAAUCGCGCUGGAAGACAUUCUCGGAAGCAAUAAAAUAUCCACCUGAGCAGACGUGGAAUGAGAAGAGCGUGACGCCGGAAUGGCUAGAAAACAAUUUAGGUGACUACUCUCAGCCUUGGAGAGGGCGGCCUACGUUUGUGGACAUGGAAGAUCCCUUGAACAGACGGCGCGAUGCGUUCAUCAAGCGCUUCCAAAAUUCAUUGCUGACGAGCCCCAUUGUCCCCUUGGUUUUCCGGCUUACGGUGUGGUGCUUUUCCCUAAUCGCCCUUGCCUUGGGAGGAUCAAUACAGCAUCUUUCGGAAAAGUACAAACACCCCCAAGGCCCAUCGGCAUUGAUGGCCAUUAUUGUUGAUGCGGUUGCCCUUAUUUAUCUCGUUUACAUCACGUGGGACGAAUAUACUUCCAAGCCGCUGGGCCUCAGGUCCUCGCGUUCCAAAACACGGCUCAUUCUUUUGGAUCUUUUCUUUAUUGUUUUCGACUCAGCUAAUCUCAGUCUGGCCUUUGAGGUCCUUUCUGACAGCGGCGGCUCAUGUACCGCUGCGGAGAUCAAUGAAUCAUUCAGUCCUAAGAACGAUGCGAUCUGCGAUCGGCAAAAAGCUCUUGCUUCCGUCUUGCUGAUUGCGCUGGUUGCCUGGCUUCUGACUUUUGCUGUAAGCAUUUUCAGACUCGUAGAAAGAGUGACUCGAUGACUGGAUAUUUUUGCUCUUUGUAUUAUCGACUUUCUUUAUUCUCUCCUGCACUCUCGCUUUUCGCUCUGCACUUGCUGCAAGCUCUCGAUCUUUUCCAUGUCUUUUCCUUUAUUUCCCUGUCAUAUCUUUUCCAGAUAAACACCGCUAUUUUUUACAGCAAAAAUUUCCUGUGUCAUUUUGGGGUUUACAGCUUUGUUGUCUGGGGUUUGUGAGGGUUUGGAUACUGCAGAAAAAUAUACAGACAUUAUUAUUUUCAGCAGAUGCACAAUCCAAUAAUGGAAAGUUACUGAAAUAUCAAUACAGCAGUGUCACCGGUUGCCAUCAUUAGACACUAAACAUGCAAAACUGGCCCAUUCCUUCCAUACAGAGGAUCCAGGUGAAACCAUGCCAGCUUCUUGAUGGUCCCAGCCUUCUCUUCCUCCCCCGGUUUCCCAUAGCACAUAUCCCACUGCUUGCCUGGUGGAUAAGCACCAAGCAUUUUGAACGCAUUCUGGUGGGCGUCCAAGUCAACUAGCAGCCUAUGGCCAACACCGGCAGGAACAAUGAUCAGAUCCCCCUUCCCAACGGUUGGCUCGAAGCGGUUGGGAUUCCCCUCUCCUCCAAAGCAGAGCCGCGCACGGCCCGAGACAACCCCCAGAACCUCGUGAGUGGUCGAGUGGUAGUGCGUCGUGUUGUACAUGGUGUACGUCCACUGAGGGGAAACUGCACCGACCUUCUCCAAAUGCGCUGCCAGCUCGGAUGGCGUUGCAUCAAAGGCGUUAUGGUAGAUAAUGAGAGGCUUUGACUGGAUCGAUGUAUUAGGAAUCCGCUGCCAGCCAGCUAUCUGUUUGGUGGUGAUCCGAAUCCCAUUGGACUGAUUCAGAAGCAUCUUUGAUUUCUUUCGGAAAUCCAUGCAAAAAUGAGAGAGAGAGAGUCUACAAGCGUGUGGGCUAUAAAGAAACUGCUAUGUCAAGAUAUGUACCACAGACAUGACGUCAUUUGAAGGUGUGUGUGUGUAUUUGUUUCUGGUCAUCCAAUAACGUGAGUCUUCUGCAGUGGUUGAAGGACAGUCUGGAGACUGCCUCUUGCUUUCCUUGGGUCUUUGGAGUGCCUUGAAAAGACCGAGAUAUUGGUAUCUGGUAAAUGGGUUUUGUGGAACUGCAAUGAGCAGUAAUCAGUAGUAGUAUGGGGACCAACCAAGAGCAGGGAUCAGGGGGUUGCUAGCUAUCUCUCAAGCACUGUGAAUAGCUACAGAUGGCCACUGAGAGAAUAACAAACCAACCACCUUGAGCAGGCAUAUAGC